AUGAUCAAGGUACCAGCCACCAAGAUGUUGCCAAGCUCCUCCAACGCAGGGGCCCUGCGGCCCUAUAAUGCCUCAGACCACUCAACACAGGUCCUAGAAAAGCCACUGAAGAGCAUCAAGUAUAUGAACAAGGAAAUCAUAAACCUCAAAAAAGACCUUAUACGUAGCCGGUUCUUGAUUCAGGCAGUGAAAGCAGGCCGUGGGUACUUUGCCAUACUGAAGGAGGAGAGCGCGAUGAAAAAGAGGCAGCAGCAACUACAGAAACUGCAAGAGGAAGAAAGGAAUAAAUUCCAGCCAGCCAAAAAGAUCUCAGAAAUCCAUUUUGGCGACACUGGUUUGAUCACGUAUGAUGAGAAGAUGAGGAAGGUGGAAGGAGGGACCGAAAUCAUGUUGCACCCCUUCAUCCCCUGGCACAGCUGCAUCAUAGCACCACUGCUCCCAGAGGCUCACGUUGAACCCCUCUUCCGCCAGCUCUGUGCCCUCCACUGGCUCCUGGAGGCCCUGACUAUUGACCACACCCACCACACCAUGAAUCCCGUGAUCACCUGCUGGAAUCCAAAGGACCCAGGUGGAAGCAAGAGCACAAUAAAAAAGAUCAAUAAGGACAAGUCCAUGGAACAGAGGUGGGAACACUUCAUCACAGCAUCAAAGACCAAAGAAUUCCGAAUUCUGAUGCCACGUACCACCGCCCGCAAACUGAGCCGACAAGGCUCCAUGCUCAGCCUGUCUCGGACCAGUGGGGGGUCAUCCCCCCAGAGCAGCAUGAUCUCCAUGAACCCUGGCUCAGAUGAGCCCCCAAAUGUGGUCACCCAGGGGCCAGGUAGCAAGGACAUCGAGGACAACGAGUCCUCUUCAACCAGGCCAGAUGAGGAGCCUCUUCAUAUCAAUCUGCAGAAGCUCCUGGAGAUGGUUCGAGAAGAUGCCCGGAGGACGGUCAUCAUGGAAAGUGAGACUCAAAAAAAAGUGUCCAGUAUCUUGCCAAUGAUGAAACAAAACAAGAGCGAGUCUGCAUUUAAGGACGUGCAGACCAUCCACAAAUCCAGUGACAAAACCACGAGUUCAAGUGGAGAUAGUCACAUCCAGGCAAUGCAGAAGAAGGCUAGAGGCCGCCCAACCCGUGAUAUUGUCCAUUGCAAGACUGGUGUAUGUGGCGCCUUGAGGGCCAAGUUCUACAGCGUGGCUCAGGAGGCCGGCUUCUGUCUCCAGGACAAGAUGGAAAUCCUCAUGAAGCACCAAGAAGAGAGAGUACUCCAGAAGUUCAAGUCUUUUUCCCUUGUCUCCACUUUUCAAAAGGAUAUAGCAAAAAUGAGGCAUCAAGUCUCCACGAUAAAAGGAGAUGCAAAAGAAAUUGCAGACCACUGGUACUUUGAUCUGCUGUCCAAACUCCCAGAGGAUCUGAAGAACUUCCGCCCUGCCAAAAAGAUCCUGGCAAAACUACAGAAGUUUGGGGAGAACCUGGAUUUGAGGAUCCGGCCCCACGUCCUCCUAAAGGUGCUGCAGGACCUGAGGGUCUGGGAGCUCUGCUCCCCUGACAUCGCUGUGGCUAUUGAGUUUGUACGUGAGCACAUCAUCCACAUGCCUCAAGAGGAUUAUGUGAGCUGGCUGCAGAACCGCAUCAGCAUCCCGCUCCAGCUGCAGAGUGCUCCUGCAUAG